AUGAGCUCCUUCAGCAGCACUCCUGCUGGUUCAUUUCUGAGCCGCAUGGAGCCUGUUCAUGCGUACAUUGCAGGUGCCGGCUUCUUAGUUUGCGCACUUGUCGGGGUGGUUCUCAUGCUGGCAUCCCAGCACAAGAAGUUUGACUACAAUAGCGGUAUCUUCACUUACCUCAGAUUCAUCUAUGCAUCGUUCCUUAAGCCCCACAAGAAAGGUCUCAAUGGCCAGCAAGAUGCGCUAGAAAGCUUCUACAAGACUCAGGCUGGUGUAUAUGAUGCCACUCGCAAGCGUCUUCUCUGUGGCCGUGAGGAUAUGUUGGGGCUUGUUGCCGCGCAAUUGAAGUACAAGGUUGAGAACAAAGAACUCCAGGCUGGAAAGGCAAUCUGGGUUGAUGAUAGCUACAACAUUGAGGCCAUGGCUUCUUUCCUACCAGUUACCCAAUUCUUCUCGCACGUGUACCUUGUCGACCUGUCUCCCUCUCUUUGCGAGGUUGCCCGUCAGCGAUUCGAGCGCCUAGGCUGGAAGAAUGUCACGGUCGUCUGUCAAGAUGCGCGCUCUUUCCGUCUCCCCCAUGAGAAAGUCGACCCCCGUGCCCCAGCUCCAUCAACUGCAGGCGCAGAUCUUAUCACCAUGAGCUACAGCUUGUCCAUGAUUCCUGACUACUACAGUGUCGUCGACUCCCUGACCGACCUCUUGAGGGCGUCUGGUAUCCUUGGUGUCUGCGACUUUUAUGUGCAAAGUAUCGUGGACGUUUCCGCCCGCAACUACAUUGGUGGUGCUUUCAAUCGCCACGUUAACUGGCUGGGUCGUGCCUUUUGGCGGGCCUGGUUCGAUGCGGACCGUGUCAGUCUGGAAGCAGCACGCAGAGACUAUCUGGAAUACCGCUUUGGAACCGUCAUCUCUGCCAGCGAGCGCAAUUAUCUUCUCGGCGGCAUUCCUUACUACAUCUUCGUUGGACGUCACAAGAAUCUUGCAUCAAAUCUCUCCGGUCAGGAGACAAUUGAAAUGUUGGACGCCUCCUUUACUGAAUCUCCUUAUCUUUCUCCCGCCAAUCACACCAAGGAGAUGGAGAAAGCAAUGGAGAGGAACGCUCAAGAAAUUCGUUCCAAAGCCUACGAGUCGGCCGUUAUCAACCUGAGCGCGAACCUCCCGCUUCCCUCAUCCUUCUACCAGAAUCACCACUGCCGCAUCUUCUACAAUGAUCUGCUGCCCAAGCACACGCAGUUCAAGAAUGAAUACAUUUAUGCCUUCAACUGGGAAGAUCCUCGUGUGGAUCAUCGUCUUCUCGACAUCAAGCGGGAUGAUGUUAUCUUGGCCAUUACCAGCGCCGGAGACAAUAUUUUGGAUUACCUUCAGAAGAGUCCACGCAGAGUUCAUGCAGUCGACCUGAAUCCUAACCAGAAUCAUUUGCUUGAACUCAAGGUUGCUAGUUUCAUGGCCCUUGGUCAUCGCGAUGUCUGGAAGAUCUUUGGCGAGGGAAAACACCCAGAAUUCAGGGAACUCCUCAUUUCUCGUCUCAGCGCUCACCUCUCCAGCCAGGCAUUCCAGUACUGGCUUGAGCACACUCACAUUUUCACUUCAAAAUAUGGCAAAGGACUUUAUGAAACCGGUGGCUCGCGCCACGCCAUCAAGAUGGUUCGGUACCUGUUCAAGGUGUUUGGCCUUGAGGGUCAGGUGAAGAAGCUCUGCGAGGCGCAGACUCUUGCUGAGCAACGUGAGAUCUGGCCAAAGAUUCGCGCCGUACUCAUGAGCAAGCCCCUUCAUUGGGCGGUUGUCAGCACCGAAUGGUUCGCGUGGAAGGCCGCGGGCGUGCCUCGAAACCAGCGGAAUAUGAUCGUUGACGACUACUUCAAGAGACUGGGCCUGACCAAGGACAUGAACCAGGGCAAGGAUAUCAGUGGCCGGUCGAUCUGGCAAUAUGUUGUGGACACACUGGACCCCGUCGUUAACGAAACCAUGAUCAGCAACGAUAACUACUUUUACUUCCUGUGUCUCCAGGGGCAGUUUUCAAGACGAUGCCACCCCACAUACUUGUCUCCUCAGGCCCAUGUGAAGCUCUCUUCGCCCGGUGCAUUUGACGGCCUACGUAUUCACACAGAUGAGAUCAACGAAGUGAUCAAGCGAAUCACUCCCCGAAGCCUGACAAUCGCUGUGAUCAUGGACUCGAUGGACUGGUUCGAUCCCGAAGGCACAGAAGCAUCGAUCCAAGCCCAGAAACUCAACCACGCCCUGAAAAUGGACGGCCGCAUUCUCCUCCGCUCUGCCAGCAUCGAGCCUUGGUAUAUCAAGCAGUUCGAAGAGAAUGGGUUCACAGCCCGCCGUGUCGGCGCCCGCUUCCCCGGCUCUUGCAUCGAUCGUGUGAACAUGUAUGCAUCGACGUGGAUCUGUACCAAGACCAAGGAGCUGGAUCGCCCAACUCCUGCCAGGACGAUAUCGGCCUUGUCGUUGGGUGACGGCAGCAGCAAGCGGUCACACAGUGUGGAGCACCUUGAGAUAUGA